CUUCGUCUUUGUGGAGAGAGAGAGGGCGACCCUGAUCUCACGACCAACGAGCGACCACCACUUCGAAACGUCCCUGCCACAAAUACCAUCGUAGCAGCGCAGCAUCGCAGCUGGUCUGCCCGCCAUGUCGCCAUCUCCCUCUUCGUCGCCGCCGGCCAAGCCAGUGGCUAUAAGGGACAGGGUCAAGGCAUUCGAGAGAUUAGGAGCAGGUAGCAGCCCGCCAUCAUCCAGCUCAACGUCUGCUGGUCCUGCAUUCUCAGGAGGAGCAGGCAUUGCUCGAACCAGCUCAGUACCUCGAAGCCGCGAAUCAUCAACACCGCUUUACUCGCCGUCCGUUGCACAAGCAGAUGUGGAUCCGCUAGCAGAGUUCGGUGCCCUCCCGACCAAACCAGCCGUCGCAGCGUAUUCCUCGCUCCCCUUGACAUCCUCAUCAUCAAGCAGCCGCAACCUCGCUGCGAGCGCGCAUACAGUCUCCUCCAGCCCUACGCCAGCCUUUGAUGCAUUUGCCUCAGCUACGUCACUGCGAAAAACGAACAGCGGGACCAGUCUACGUGACUUUACAGAGGCCUCUCUACCGCGAGCAAGGAAUGGGCGAACAGCCUUUGGCCAGCAGUCGAGCAGCCAAUCCAGCGUAUCAGGCAAAGUACCGCUCCCUCCGCCAGGUGGCGACGACUCCACCUCAGCAGGAGGGUCAGGCGCAGUCUCGCCGACUACACAAUACAAGGGCUCCCCUGCGCUACCACCUCGUCCCGCAUUUGGACAGCAUUCAUCCCCUGUUCCUCGUGCACGGUCAUCCACGACUCACAGCAACUUUGAUCCCCUCCCGCCACCUGUGCAUCGCUCAUCUAUCGGCUCGCUCGGCUCUUCCUCUUCAUCCAAGAAUCCGCUCGACGAUGAAGAGGACAACUACGGGCUCUCCCUUCACCCGAUGCUGCACCCUGUGUCAAGCCCGACCUCGUCGCGGGCCCCUUCCCGCGGGUCCAAUCGCUCAGCGACAGCUUCGCCUGCGCCGAGGGGACGUCUCGCGGGCGACGGGAACGCCUCUUUGACGCCUGGAGCAGACAUCCGAUUGCAGCCGCCUACGCCCAGUCCGGAGAGGCGGGCAAUCAGUGGAGCAGCCGCGGGAGGUGCGGCGCCGGACUUGCCACCUCGGCGUAGCAGUGGAGAGCAGGAUAGUCAGGCGAGCACCUCACCCACAUCGCCGUAUUCGGCCCGUAGCAGCAGCAGUGGCAAGCAGCCACCGGCUUUGCCCCGCAGGAUGCCAGCAGCGCCUCCCGUCAGCUACAAACCUCGUAUUCCCAGUGCAGGCGGCGCAGGAGGAGCUACAACUGCCGUCACAUCUGCCGUAGCAAGCAAAGUUCCUCCUCCACCCACAGCAUCAGCAUCGGUGCCAGCUCCAAUCCGAGGCCGGCACUCCCCUUCCGCCUCAACAGGCUCAUCCCCCACUACAUCAGCCAGCGCAACCCUCGGGCUCGGGCAUCGUCCCACGCGCUCGACAGGCCCAACGACAGGGCUCGCCUCCUCGUUCAGCCCUUCUUCUUCCCCACCGACAAGCAAAUCAGCAGUCACUCACUUUCUACCUCCUCCAACGAGAACGAGAGCAUCCAGCACCGGACCCAGUAACGGUCUCGCACGGCCUCGAUCUCGUACAGAGUCGAAUCCGACGACCCCACAGAUGGGGCCCACGACCUUGCCCCCUGGAACACCGCCAAGGACGCCUCGUGGGACGGCAGCUUCAGGCAAUGCUAAAGGGCUGGGCAUCGGCCUUCCUCCCGUGCGCACGUCAGCGCUCACGAGCACGGGCAAGUCCAAUGUGGCCUCAAAGCCCACACGAAGCAUGGCCCCACGCAAUGCCGCAUAUCGCGCCCUCUACGAGUCGCUUUGGGACAGAGAGAUGGCGGCUCUUUGCAAGAGGAGACAAGAGAAGCGAGUGUCUGUCCCAUCAUCGUCACAAAUGCCACCUGGCCUCGUCCGCAACAUCUGGACACGCUCGCGUCUCCCCUCUACGACGCUCGCGAACAUCUGGGCCGCGGCUAUGGCGUACGAUCGAGACUCAAUGGCUGUUUUGAGUCCCUCUGCCGACGAUAAUACCCCACGAGGUCAGGGCAAGGCGAAGACGCGAGGUCUAAGCAAAGAAGCCUUCGUGCGUGGAACAAGCGCAAUCGAUGGAGAGCUGGCUUGGAGGGCUUCCAGGCGAGCGACUCGGGCUCAGACGCAAGCGGGGGUGAGAGGACGUCGCACGCCUACCGAUUCGACACCUCGCGCUUCUGUCUCCAUGGCGGGAGGUGGAGGAAGGAGCGCCUCGUCUCCCACGAGUUCGUUCAAGCCAUCGGCGGCAGGAGUUGGUGUGGUGGGAGAGAAUGGCCCGUUGCCUGCCGUCAGAAGAAAGCUGCCUCCUCCGCUACCUCCCCAGGCUCACUAGGACGUACAGUCGCGAGCUCGUCAGACCUCUCUCCCACUAUCCGCCUCUACCACCAUUACUCUUUACUUCGAUCAGUCAUCGAC